AUGAUGCAAGUAUACAUAUGCCGUCGCCAAAGUCGAGAAAGUUCCGGGCAUCUCUUCGUGGAGCAAACUGCAGACAAAUCUACGGAAAAUCUUGCCAAAUCUGCGGGACUAGUGAUUCAAACACGAGUCAUGACAUCGCCAGAAAGUGUUGGAUUCUUUGAAGAAAGUCGCGUUCAUAAAGAACACCCUAGUGGGCGUAGCAACAACUCAUGUGCUGACGCGCCCACGUACACGCAAACGGACCCACAAAUGGAUAAACCGAACACACUCAGCAAAGAGACUCGCGUGCGCGCGGGGAGUAGGAAGUCAACCACUCCCCACAAGUCCACGGACAAUUAUGGAGCACGUGUAGCAGCGGAGAAAACAUCUUCCCUCCCUCUGUACUUUCACCAAGGAACUCUCGCCGACGAUACGUUCCUAUUUU